AAGUUUGCACCGACCUGCUGCUGCACCUAUGAGUCUGUACGUUAAUGAAUAGCCGCGGCCCGCGCGAGACAAACGACCCGAUUAUGCCGAGAUAAGGAGCAUCUGACUCGCGCUCUGUCCAAUAAUGGCAUGCGAUGGUUCUUCUGGGGAGGAUUUCCCGGACAAAGUGAUGCCCAGAGCAGCCCCGUGCACGUGCAACAAGAAGUGCAGGAACAGGAGCAGCAGUGUUGUCUUCCUGGGAUUAUUCCUGCUGUCGCUGUCUCUGCACGCUGUCACUCUCGUCUGCUACUUGGAUCUGCGGUCUGAAGUCAAAAGGGAAAUAAUCCACCAGAAGCGGGACUCCAUGUUGACACUUGCGGGGACUGACCUGGCUGACCCGGCGGCGGUGUUCUCGCCCGGCCACCCGCGACUGGACUCCGGCAGCAGCCGCGGCGGGGAGGGUCAUGAGGAGAAGUUACUACACAGAAAUAGCGACUUUCAUGCCAAAGAAGACAGCAGGGGCAUAACACAGCGAGCGAAAAGGAGUCCCGGCAAACAGUCAGACUCAGAAUCGACCGACAAGGGAAAAAGGAAAGAAAAGAAAAAAGGGAAGAAAAGGUCUGUGCCGGGGCCCCCUGGUCCCCCUGGUCCCCCGGGUCCACAGGGGCCACCGGGCAUCCCUGGAAUCCCCGGUAUUCCAGGAAGCAACGCUGUGGGGCCUGCAGGACCUCCUGGACCCCCCGGGCCACAGGGACCUCCGGGCGCUCAAGGUCCAGCGGGGGUUCCUGAUAAGUCAAAAACAAAGGAAUUCCAGCCUGCAGUGGUGCAUUUGCAGGGCCAGGAAACAACCAUCCAAGUGAGAGAAGAUCUGUCUGAAGGCAUCCUUAGGAACUGGAAGAUGGUGUCCAUCCAUCACCGUGUGUUUAAAAUGCACUCUCGCUCUGGAGAGCUAGAGGUGCUGCUGGACGGUGUCUACUUCAUAUAUAGUCAGGUAGAAGUGUACUACCUCAACUUCACAGACAUUGCCAGCUAUGAGGUGAUGGUGGACUCCAAUCCUUUCCUUCGCUGCACCUGCAGCAUCGAGACAGGCCAGCGUAAGUUCAACACCUGCUACACUGCCGGGGUGAGCUUACUACGUGCUGGCCAAAGGAUCUCCAUACGCAUUGUCUAUGAGGACACGCUCAUCAGUAUGACCAACCACACCACAUUCCUGGGAAGUGUCAGACUGGGAGAGGCUCCAUCUGCUGGACAGAACUGAUAACUACAUAACAACCAGCUCUCUACAGGAUACGCAAUUCAAGUUGCUCUUAAUGGUCACAGCAGCCCAGAGUUCUCCUGUCUUUUCAUCCUGCCAGUCAUAGGAUUGAUGAAUUGAUUAGAUCUGCAUUGAGCAGCAACUUCUAGCACAAGUCUUGCCCAUUGAGACCCUGUCAAGAAGAUAAUUAAUCUGUUGAGUUAUUAAAGUUGAGGAGGCCCCUGGGUGACUUUAGCUUACCUUCACAGCUCUAUUAAAAAGGACAAUAUGGACUGUUAUGCCUCCCCUGAUGUCAAUUCUGUGUAAAGAGACAAGCCUUGAUGAGCCACAUGUCCUUUUACUCAUCAAACAAACGUUUCUAUUUAUAUUCACCAUUUUGUGUCAACACAGACAGAAUCUCUCUUUAUGACAAGGAAGGACACUGCGCUGACAGAUACUUAAUAUUUACAUACUUCUAAGUGCUGUUGAAUGAUAAUCUUGUAUCUCCAAAAACACCAGCUAUUCAAGAUAUUUUAAUUGCAGUUUGUUUGUACUUGGCCUUUUUACUUAAUUUCAUGUAUUAAUUGGUUAUAUUAACAGUUAUAAGUGGUUUAACAGAGGCUUUGAAAUAUUCUCACGCCCCUGUGUUCAUAAAAAUUAUAAGAUCAUAUAAAUAUUCAAAGAAAGUAUACAGGUAUCUAUGCAAAACUGAGAAACCCCAUUAAAAUUGGAGUUAUAAGGUAUUCACCGAGCAACAGCACUAUAUAUUUUGCGCACAUUUGCACUACAGCAUCCCUGCAGAAUAUCAGUGAUAUGUUUUGUUACAUUGCUAUUGUUUAGUCACCGUAUGAAUGAAUCCAUGUGGAAAAAUGAUAGUUGUUUAUACGUCUCUGUACAUAUUGUAUAUAAAAUGGGAUAUACUUUUGUAAAUGGAGUUGAUUGAUGGAUUAAAAUGUUUCAUUUUCUGUCUAAAUGCA